UAACUGGGUUGGGACUCAACUCAUAGGAUCAUAGGAUUUACAACUGGGAAGGUUCUUAAAGAUCUAAACUAGUUUGAUUCCUUCGUUUUUCCAAUUGUACUAUGUAUAUGGGGAAAUUGAGGUUAAGUGCCUUUAUAAGUGCAAGGCUGGGAUGUGAACCUAGGUCUUCUGACUCAAUCCAGUGACUUUCCACUACAUUACCCUGGCUUCCUCAGUUGCCCUCCUGGAUCUGUGAUGCUGUCUCUCACUUGAGGAAACCGCCGCAAUGGAGUCCAGAUGCAGCGAUACCUGAAGGCUGAGGGAGACCUGCAGAAACAGCCGGCACUUCGGCACUUCGGAGCAGCUGCGCAGGGCAGAGGAUGGAGAAUGGAUUGGGGCUGGAGGUUGGGGGAAGACGGGCGGGCCCUUUUGCCUUGACUUCAUUUCCGGGAGGCUGGGAGCAGUAUAUAAGAGGAGGUGUGAGGAAGCUGCUGCUGCAGAGCUCGGGUUGGAGUGCUCAAAGACUGCAGGCUGACGAGAAAGGCAAAGAGACAGCCCAAGGCGUCGCCGCCCCCAUCCCCAAUUCUCUGACAGUUUUUUGCCCCCUGCCACCUCUCUUCUGAGAGAGCCAAGCAGGUUUCCUCUCCUCCAGUAGUGCAAGGCAGCUCAAAAAUAGCAAUACAUUUGUCUUCUUUUCCACCCCACUCCCCCUCGUCAGCUGCCAAAGUCUUUAGAACCUCUAGCACUUAUCACCCCGAGGUCCACAGGUCAAUUCCAGGCCGAGUUUGUGACCCAGGACCCACCAUGAGCUUUCCCGCCUUCCUCCUCCUGCUGGGCUCCAUUAUGCAAGGCAUUGCACUCCCAGUGAACAGCCCAGCAAAUAAAAGUGAUACUAAGGUGAUGAGGUGUAUUGUUGAAGUCAUCUCUGACACCCUUUCCAAACCAAGCCCACUGCCCAUCAGUGAGGACUGCUUUGAGACCCUUCGAGGAGAUGAAAGGAUCAUUUCAAUUCUCCGCCAUCAAAACUUGCUGAAAGAGCUCCAAGAACUCGCCAUCCAAGGUGCCAAUGAGAGAGCCCAGCUGCAAAAGAAAGACAGAGGCUUUGAGGAUGAACUUUCUGAAGUCCUUGGGAAGCAACAUGAUGAAGAGACCACUGGGAAGGGGGAAUCGAGGGGUGCCUCCCUUGAGACGCCUGCUGAAGAUGCUGGUGAGUCUAAUGAGGAAAAGAGCCUGGAGGAAAGAGAAGCUGAGCCCAAAGAGACCAACCCCCAAGAAGCCAGGGAGGCCUCGGAGGAGGUGAGCUCCGAUAGCACCCUGGACAGCGGCCUGACCACCGAGGAGCACAGAGACUCCAAGCCCGGCCAAGACAGCAAGGACCGCUCCAGCGAUUCUCAGGAGAGUCUGGAUCUCAAAGAGGUGGAACCAAGUUCCAAGAAAGAUGAGGAUGCAAAUGAAGGGGUGGAGGAGGAGGAGGAGGAGGAGGCCCAUCCAGCCCAAGGGAGAAAUAAAGAAGCAUCAGAUGAAGAAGGCCCCACGGGCCCAUUCAGUACCAGCCCACCCCUGGAUGAGAAGGAGGAGCCUUCCAAGGGAGACAGUCAACCAGACCUGAAUGGAAAAGGGAAGGUUGGGCAAGAGGAAGUGAGAUCCCAGGAGGAAAAGGGUCUGAGCCGACGUUCUGAGGAGGACACAACAGCCCCCGAAGACAUCUUCAGCCCCAGGGUCAGCAAGAGUCAGGAACUGGAAGAGGAAUUCUCCAAAGAAUGGGAUGACUCCAAGAGGUGGAACAAGAUGGAUGAGCUAGCCAGAGAGCUGACAGCUAAGAAGCGGCUGGAGGAGAGCAACAGUGAGGAAGAGCCAGACCGCUCCAUGAAACUCUCCUUCCGAUCCCACAAGUAUGACUUUGGGAGCCCCAUGGGGCUCUCAAGGAGAACCUGGAAAGCUCACUCCAGAGAGGACAGCACUGAGGCAGGCUUGCCUCUCUCUCUCAGGGGUGACCCAGAUGAGAAGAAGGAGGAGGAGGGAAGUGCUAACCGAAGGACGGAGGACCAAGAGCUGGAAAGUCUGGCAGCCAUAGAGGCAGAGCUGGAGAAGGUUGCUCACAAACUCCAUGAGCUCCGGAGGGGCUAGAGGGCUGACUGCUGAGAUCCCAUGAAAUGCCCAGAAAUUCACUUCCUCACCCUGUUUUUUCAUUUACUAAUUCAAAUAGGGAUGGACCAGGGAGGGUUUAGGCAGGGAGAGAGUGACCCUGAUGUACCCUCAUUCUCAGUCUGCCCCCUCCCCAUGCCACUUGUGACACUUGCAAAACACACUUUUUCACUUCUUGAGUUUCUGUCCCCCUCCACACUCUUUUCCCACCUUAAAGCCUCUUCUUGCACUUUGUGUUGGCCAUUUGAAGACAAUUAGACAGCUUUUCUAGAAAGUUUUCCCUACACUGUUAGGUCCAAUGAAUACAACUGCAAUAACUUGUUCUCUUUGGAUUAAAGUCAGACUACUGACUGUAAUAUAUUCUAUAUAAAAUUUAUCUAAGGAAAAAUAAAACUACAGUGGGCUCCCUG